AUGACACUAGACGCAGGAAAUGACUAUGGAGACAUCACCCCACCGUUAUCCCCUCUCCCCAUUGUUCCGGGAGGAACGAUGUCCGGAGAUCAACAGCUUCGCCUUCCCAAGAACAAGAGCACUGGGAAUCUGCUCUCGCCCAAGACCGACCUGGGUCAGAGAGCACGGUUCUCCUUCGAUGCUGGAUCCACUCAAGAACUGCAAAAUCUAAAGAGGGCAUCGCGCGCCGAGCACGAACAUGGGCUGGGAAGAUCUGGUCUUCGCCGAAUACGACGACCAGGUCCUUCACUGGUUCGUACCCCUACUCUAGUCCUCGAAGAGAGCGAAUGGGUGCCUCCUGCACUACAUCAUGCCAAAACAGCACCAAUAUCCGGCUCUUCUUCAAGAUCUGUCUCGGUCGGUUAUAUGACAAGCGGUCCUGCUUCCCCAGUCCUUGAGGAUCUGCAUCGAUUCCCAUCCGAGUCUCUCCACUCCUUCUCAUUUGCCAGGCAAUCCGAAGAGCUUUUGCACAGCAGACAAAACAUUCUAAAGAAAUCCGUAGACUUUGUACGCGAUCGUGCAUCUUGGGUAGCCAAUCCCGCCCUCGCCGAUGCUCAUGCACGAGUCAGUGGUAAUGUCGAAUUACAAGGCAUGAUGGAUUUGCUCAAAAAGGCCAACAUUAUUCCCAUUGAUACCGCGGCUGCCAGGGAUAGACAGAUCGGAGCUGGACCGGUCACAGGACCCGCUCAUCAUGAUGGCCGCAAUAUUUUCGAAACUAGUUUUAGUAAACAAUUGGAACAAGCACAAGAGACUGCGGCACAGGAACAUUCCGAUGGUCUCAGGGAGUCAAGGAAAUACUCGCUCGAUGAAGAGGAGACAUUUCGCGAUGUUGGUCUCCAAGUCCAAAUUCCGCCUACAAGAGCCAGUUCGAUGAGUGGUCCAAAAAGAGCUGGACUAAGAAGAACUUACACAGAUCUCAAUUCGGUAUCGCUGCAACAGAAACUGAUCGAUGCCCUUGCACAGCCUUAUUCCGCCGACGACCAUUCCGCCCCACAAAAUACCCUCGGAGCAGCAAUGCAUGGUGCAAGUACUCCGGGAGGAAGCUCCUCUGUGCACAGUCAUAGCAGUAAAUGGUCUCCUACACACCAGGCUGUCUUCCGUACUGAUGCUGAUGCUCCUUGGACAAUACUGGCUGCAAACGACUUGGCCUGUCUGAUUUUUGGAGUGACUCGUGCGGAAGUGCGCUCUCUCAGUAUUCUCGGCAUCAUACAAGAGGAACGAAGACACUGGUUGGAGUCGAGACUCGCGCGUCCAGAACCGAUUGUAGAAGAGAAAGUUCAUUCCCCGACCACGAGUAGUGCCAGCAGUGGUGGCCUCUCUUUGGUUGGAUCCAGAAGUGGUAUUACCGCACGACUACUCAGUAAAGCUCCAUCUCGAGCUAACAAAUCUUCAGUGAAAGCGCAGACAGACGAUGGCACCGGGGGUUACAAUCGCCCAUCUGCCAAAAACCACCCACCAACGAAAUCGAGAGGCGUCCUUCUCUGUGGAGAUAUUGUGCCCAUUCAGAGACGUGAUGGUAGCAAAGGCGCUGCCAGUUUUUGGGUCAUGGAGAAGCGUGGCGGUUUGAUAUGGGUGGUGGAAGAAAUACUGGAGGAUGUUGCUUACUUGAACUUUGAUUCUGAGGGUCAAGUCACAAGUGUGCAUGGGGGUGAGCUUGCAAUCUGGGGUCAGCAUAUCGCCGCUGGUACCCCAUUACAGUCACUCUUCCCCAGGUUUCCCAUGGACAAACUCGACACGUACAACAAACAGCAUUUGGGGUAUUUCGCCGCUCGGACAUGUGAGUAUGUCAAUGUUCCUACUGCCAUUGAGAAGUCUCCGACACAAAAUGAACUCCGGAUUUCCAGUCUGCCCCAUAUUGCAGGUGUCAUGGUCUUGGAUCCCGACAGUUUUAAGAUCAGCAGUUCCAACACCAUCUUUUCGGCUGCACUCUUCGGUUAUGAAAGACCCGAAGGGCUUUCAAUCAACACCCUCAUUCCUAAUUUUGAGGAUUUGUUGGCCAUCUUGACGGAAGAGGAGGAUAUCGAAUUGACGGACGGAAUUGUGAUACCUGAACACAGCUUUCGUCGCGGUCGUGCUUUGCUAGCUUUACGAGAAGGGAAAGAAAGUCCGGCAAGCAUUUUCCUUCGGCCGUGCGGUGUACCUGCAACACACAGAGAUGGCUCUGAUAUCAUGGUGGAUAUCCAGAUGAGAGUCAUCCGAAGUGAGACAGUGUUCCCUAUGGCAGAUCAAGCAAUCAUCGAAGAGAAGGAUGAACCUGUCGCGGAGACAAAUGUUGCUGUGGCCGAGCUUGUAUAUGCGCUUUGGAUCAUCUAUUCGAGAAAUAUCCACUCGAGUGGUCUUGGUGGUGUCGAACCUGAAAACGCGGCUUCGCUUCGACCAAUGUCCCCACCCAGUCAGCCUGAGCCACCCCAGGCAUUACCUUCACCUCCAGCAACAUCGAUUGGGGAGUUUGGGAAAUCUGCAGAAAGUUCGGAGUUGUCUCUUGCAUCCGACCAAGCAGACGAAACUGGAUCAGUUACCAUGGAGGAACCUUUAGACCACCCGCCACCCCAUACGGCAUACAUACCGCAUGAGAAAAAGACGAUCGAUGAUUUCACAAUUCUAGAAGAAAUGGGCUCAGGUGCAUAUGGCCAGGUGAAAUUGGUUCGGUAUCAGAAGGGCCAGUCUCGAAGAAUGGUUUUGAAAUAUGUAACCAAGAAGCGCAUUUUGGUCGAUACCUGGACUCGAGAUCGAAAGCUUGGCACUGUGCCGCUGGAAAUUCACGUCCUUGAUUACCUUCGACGAGACGGCAUGAGGCAUCCUAAUAUCGUGGAGAUGAUUGACUUCUUUGAGGAUGACGUCAACUACUAUAUCGAGAUGCUUCCUCAUGGAAUUCCAGGCAUGGAUCUGUUCGAUUAUAUUGAGUUGCGUACAAACAUGACCGAGGCUGAAAGCCAAAACAUAUUCCGACAAGUCGUCGAUGCCAUUCACCAUCUGCAUACCAAGGCCUUGGUGGUGCAUAGAGACAUCAAAGACGAGAAUGUUGUCCUGGAUGGCGAAGGUCGAAUCAAGUUAAUCGACUUUGGAAGUGCCGCUUACAUCAAAAAUGGUCCUUUUGAUGUCUUUGUUGGGACGAUAGAUUAUGCUGCUCCAGAAGUCCUGCAGGGUAAACCUUAUGGUGGUCAGGCUCAGGAUGUUUGGGCUCUCGGUAUUUUGUUGUAUACGAUCGCCUAUAAAGAGAAUCCGUUUUAUAAUUUAGAUGAGAUUCUCGAUCACCCUCUUCGAGUACCAUUCCUACCAUUCUCCGAGGAGUGCUUGGAUCUGAUCCGCAAGAUGCUAGACCGAGACGUUGAUAGACGCAUCUCAAUAGAAGACGUGUUGGUCGACGUUUGGUUAUGCGAGGAGAGCUGA